UAGUAAGCUCGAAGCAUCCGAGCCGGUCUCAUGUUGGCGCCAUUUCUCUGCGCCGGCGCAUGAACGUACGCGCAUCGUGACAUCGAUGUUGUGUGAAUGUGAAAAUGUGAUGUGAUUUGUUGUUGUGUGACAUUUGUGUUAUACCAGCAAUAUGUAUCGAAUUUUAUGUGUUUUGGCCUGUUCCUCUAUGAUGACAACAGCCGGCUUAGCGGAUAUUCUAGGCAUAGGAGAUGAACAUAAACUUCUCGAUAUAGGCAGUUUACCACCAAAUGUUUCACCGAUAGAUGGUCUAGAUGAUUUUCCAGCUAUGAGCCUUGGUGAUAAUGUUAUUACAAUACCUAUACAAAAGCUUUCAAUUAGCGACAAGACUAUACAACCACCGUACAUAAUAAAUGCAAUAUUCAAACUAAACGAAGUAUCACAAUCAUGCAUAUUCUCAAUUCUCGAUGAGAAAAAUAACACAGUUAUCAAUUUGUGUGUACUAUCAGUCGGGCCAUCUUUUACAAGAGCCGCUAUAAGUGGAAAUGCAAUAGAAUCAGUUAUAAAAAGCAGGAAAAUCGAGAUAGAUAAAAACAUAGAAUUAGAAAACAAAUGGAGUCAGAUAUUAGUGUUCGUUAAUUACGAUUCAGUUAAAAUACUUAUGUACACACUAGAGACAGAUGAUGGUGUGAAAUGUAUGGACCGGCUAAGAUGCGAGGAGAACAAGGAAAUAGAACGUGUACAGCUACCAGAAAUGUACUUCGACAAGGAUUAUAAAUUGGUUUUAGGCAACCCGUUUACAGCAACAGAGAAGAGUUUAAGUGUAAGUUCUCAAUAUAAUUAUUUACAAGUUUAAACGAAGAAAGCCAGG